CCUACCUCCCCCCAUCCCCUCUUCCUCCCCCCCCCCAGCAUCCAUCCCUCUGGCUGUCAUCCGCUGCAGUAAGAUUUCCCCAUCAUAUCCGCCAAGCUGUCGGACAUGUCAGGACCCGUGCCAAGCCGGGCCCGAGUGUACACAGAGGUCAACACUCACCGGCCAAGGGAGUACUGGGACUAUGAGUCCCAUGUGGUUGAAUGGGGAAACCAGGAUGAUUUUCAGUUAGUGCGGAAGUUAGGACGUGGCAAGUACAGUGAAGUCUUUGAGGCAAUCAACAUCACCAAUAACGAGAAGGUUGUGGUGAAGAUACUCAAGCCUGUAAAGAAAAAGAAAAUAAAGCGUGAGAUUAAGAUUCUGGAGAACCUGCGUGGAGGUCCUAACAUAAUCUCUCUAAUUGAUAUAGUGAAAGACCCUGUACACAUUGAACCUACCACUUGUGCCAGCUUAUUGGUUACACUUGGGAAAUUUGUGUCUUCCCGAACACCUGCCUUAGUCUUUGAACAUGUUAACAACACAGACUUCAAGCAACUAUACCAGACCCUGACGGACUAUGAUAUUCGAUUCUACAUGUAUGAGAUCCUCAAGGCUCUGGAUUACUGCCAUAGCAUGGGAAUAAUGCAUAGAGAUGUGAAGCCACAUAAUGUGAUGAUAGAUCAUGAGCACCGUAAGUUGCGUCUUAUUGACUGGGGUCUGGCUGAGUUUUACCAUCCAGGACAGGAGUACAAUGUCAGAGUUGCAUCUCGCUACUUUAAAGGACCCGAACUUUUGGUGGACUAUCAGAUGUAUGACUACAGCCUCGAUAUGUGGAGCUUGGGCUGUAUGCUGGCAUCCAUGAUCUUCAGAAAGGAACCUUUCUUUCAUGGUCAUGACAAUUAUGACCAGUUGGUGAGAAUAGCCAAGGUGCUGGGGACAGAAGACCUCUACGACUACAUAGACAAAUACAACAUUGAGCUGGAACCUCGCUUCAAUGACAUUCUUGGCAGGCAUUCUCGUAAGCGGUGGGAGCGAUUUGUCCAUAGUGAGAACCAGCACCUGGUCAGCCCCGAGGCUCUGGAUUUCCUAGACAAACUGCUGCGCUAUGACCACCAGGCCAGACUCACUGCCCGCGAGGCCAUGGAUCACCCAUACUUCUUCCCUAUUGGGAAAGAUCAGUCUCGUGUGACCGGAUCAGCCAACCUACCCAGUGGGAACCCUGCUGUUAGCACAGCAAACAUGAUAACUGGUAUCUCUGCCUUGCCAGCCUCUACUGCCCUGGGGCCUCUCACUGGCUCACCUGUCCUAUCUGCUGCCACCAAUGCCCUGAGCACCCCGGUGCCCGCUGCUGCUGGCGCCCCACAGUGACACCCUCAUUCAGAUUCACACUAAAAACACCCCCACCCCUCCCUGUCUUAUCAAUCUCCCACUUUCACCACCACCCAGUCAGGAUGGGGGAGGGGUGUCUUAGCAGUUCUCUGCCAGCCGUCACCAUAUCCAACUUAACUCGGUGUGACUACGCUUCAGCAGCUGGAGGCAGCAGUUAUCUUACAAAAAAGAGCUGUUUUUCCCUCCUGUGAAUGAGAGUGUUAACAUGACAUAUGAAAUGAAUGUUGUUUAUCUGGUAUUUUUUUUCAUUUUGCCCCCCAAGUAUGUUUUGAAUGGUGAGACUAAGCAAUGGUCAUUCCUCCCCCACUGUGUGUUUUAGUUUGGCGAGAGAAGGCACUGGUCAUUAAGAAUAUCAGCAGAAGGUAAAAGGAGAUGCUGGCUGUCAGGACCAAGAGGAG